AUGGGUUUAGAUACUACUGAUAUCGACGCCGAGGAUGAAGAGGAUUACAUGGGUGUGGGCCUGAUCAUCGAGAAGCUCGAGAAGGAGAAGCUCAAAGACCCCGAUGUCAACCUCAACUUGUACGAAGAGGCCAUUGACUCGGACACCAACGACGACGAUGAACGCUUCACCCCUGACGCCAUUAAGAAGCGAUCUGACAAGUUCAAGAAGAAGUUCAAGUGGCACGAAGAGCUCCUCAAGAGCUUCACCAACGCUGAGACGCUUGACGAUGCUUUCAAGUGGAUGAAUAAAAUUGAUAAGAUUGAGCAAAAGCAUUUCCGGCUCCGCCCGGAGGUCAUCAGAUUAGUUGAGUGGAAGGAAACUUACGAUCCUAAUAACCCCACCAAUUAUGGAGUCAUUCAACAUGAACAAUUAGGGCCCUCUGUUGAUCUUCUGGAACAUGCCAGAUUUGACAAGGAAAAGCAAAUCAUACAAGGUGUUGGACUUGAUGAGGACGAUGAGGAGGAGUUCAACGACAUGAAAGAGAAGGAUGAUAUAUUGUUGGAGAAACUCAAUGCUAUGGACAAAGAAGAAGAGAAGACAUCUCUACCAGAAAGCCAGAAGCUCUCCCGCUCCCAGCCGUGGGAUCACAACAUUGCUGCCAAAGUUGCAGAAUUUAUAGCCACAUUUGAGAAGGUCCUUGCCUGCAAUAUAAUCUCCUGCAAGCGAGGUCCUGGGGAGUUCCGAUCAAAGGAGAGGUUAAUGAUUGAGCAGGCUCUUCUACAGGAAGAGAGGCAAGCUCUGAUUGAAAUGCGGGCAGAAAUAGGCUCAUGGCAGAAGGCAGGUCGGGAGGCUCAUGAGGCUAAUUUGCGUAAUGCAGCCAUUGUUCACCCUGGGCAGGCUCAUGAAAAUCUAACCCAGACCCAAAUAACUCGUCCAAUCCAGAAAGUGAAUCCGAAUCGAACCAUCCAAGAGCUUCUCGCGGACGUGGAGAGGGAAAACCAGAAGGUGAGAGAGGAGAGGAAAAGGGCGGGUUUAGAUACUGUCGAUAUCGACGUCGAGGACUAUGAGGAUUACAUGGGUGUGGGCUCGAUCAUCGAGAAGCUUGAGAAGGAGAAACUCAAAGACACUGGUGCCAACCUCAACUUUUACGAAGAGCCAACUGACUCGGACACCGACGAUGGCAAUGAACGCUUCACCCUUGACGCCAUUAAGAAGCGAUCCGACAAGUUCGAGAAGAAGUUCAAGCGGCAGGAAGAGCUCCCCAAGAACUUCACCAAUGCUGGUAAUAUAUUAUAA